AUGGCUAAGCAUUACCCCUCAAAGACAUCCAACAACCCUGUUGCAUAUCUCAAUGGCAGAGUCUACACUGUGGACAAGUCGCAACCAUUGGCUUCCGGCUUUAUUCUUCCAACCGCAGGCACUUUCGAAGUUGUCGGCACAACUGAUGAGAUCCUGAGCAUUGCAAAAGUGAGGGGCCUUGUGACUUACGAUCUCAGACAACAAUUCAUCAUGCCUGAUAUGUACGAUGAGCAUACGCACCUUCUCUCUGCUGGAGAGAAAAGGCAAUUGCAGACUGGUAUCGGUGGCGAAACAAACGAACACAGUCUUGGGAUCACUUUAAAAGAUCGUCACUGUCUUUACAAGUUUUCAAAAGUCAAAUAUCUCUGUGAACAAUUUCCAGAUACCCCGGUGCUAGUGCGAGAUACCUCCCUUCACAAAGUCCUACUUAACACUGAGGGCCUCAAAAGAAUUGGAGUUAUUCCCGAAGCUGAGAGGACAGUUCCACCUCCAAGAGGUGUGGAUGUCAGAAGAGUAGACGGGAUGAUGACAGAGGAGCUGAUGGAAGCAGGUCCAGGAGAUGCAUGGUUGAAGUUACCAGUUUGGCCCUUGCCAAGAAUCAAGAAGUCGACCAUAUAUGGAAUCAACUCUUGUCACAAAUUUGGGAUCGCCUUGAUACAAGAAGCCUCCGCUAACACCGUUUAUUUACACGGUCUCCGCGAGCUGGAGGAAGAGAACAAGCUUAAGCUUGACAUCAAUACCCACAUUAUGUGCGGGAACAAAUUUUUCCCAUGUGAGAGUUUGGGAAGUCUAAAGUCCCUGCUGGAUGUCGCAGAAGAUUUCAAAAGCAAACAUGUUGAUACUCGAUUUGUCAAGUUCUGGCUUGAUGGACCACGGGUCGAACCAGGCCCGACACAUUGCACGCUCAAUGGGGAGGGAGAACCUGAUCCUAAAAUACCAUUUUUUAUGGCGAGACCGUUCUUGCUCAUGUCACCAAGUACGAUUCAAGGGGAAUGACAUGAAAAUGCAUGUGGCGGGCGAGGAUAGUGUGAGACAAGCUUUGAAUAUAUACGAAAGAGUCAGGAGAGGUAAUCAUAAUGGCCCAAGGCAUGAAAUAGUUUAUUUCAAUGCUAUUCAUAAAGGUCAAUUCAUUCCGAUUACUUCUUGGGGGGAAAAUCAAGCUUGCGAAGCCCGGGAUUGGCAAACGCUUUGUGUCUGAACACCUUAAUUUAGCAAACUACUAAAAUUCACAACACUGAAAAUUCUAUGUAAAUAGAAGAAGCUCAGACUAAGCCUUACCCAAAAUGAAGGUGUAGCGCCGACUCGGGGAG